GAAACGGGGGCGGAGAGGGAAAGGGAAGCGAUGCGAGGUUCGAGCUCUCGGCGGAGCGGGAGUACUACGACUAUCGCAAGUCCAUAUACGGUGACGUCACCCACCGCGCCUUCCUCGUCGACGCGUUGGCACCCUCAUCGUCCCUGCCCAGCCACACCGCCCAGGUAUGGGGAUGAUGGGAGACCCUUUCGGCAACACAUAGUCACUUCUUCUACAGGCUGUUCCGAUGCACAGUACUUUGAGGAACUGUAUCAAUACUAUAUGACAGAAAAGGCUUGGAAGCUUUGUGAUCCUGAUGCUGAACAUGUAUUCAAAGCUUUAAGGAAGGCUGGUGUUAAAACUGCCGUCGUCUCCAAUUUCGAUACCCAUCUACGGCCACUUCUGCAGGCCCUGAAAUGCGACCACUGGUUUGAUGCACUUGCUGUCUCUGCUAUGGUCGCGGCAGAGAAGCCAAAUCCAACAAUAUUUUUGAAGGCCUGCGAAUUUUUAGGUGUCAAACCUGAAGAAGCUGUGCAUGUUGGCGGUGAUCUCAGAAACGAUAUAUGGGUAGCUAGAGACGCAGGCUGUGAUGCCUGGCUUUGGGGCAGCGAUAUUCACUCUUUCAAGGAGGUUGCUGAGCGGAUUGGCGUUGAGGUCACCAAGUGAACCAUCAAUGGUGCUGCGCUGCCGCCGCUUAGCAGCGAUGAAUACAAUACAAAUACAGUACCCUGGAGUGCGGUCGUGAAGAUGUACAUAGGAGUGAAGUGACCCAUCCUUGUUUCUCGAGCGCCUGUUGUACAAACCCCCUAGAAGAUGACUGCAUAUUGGUUAUUAGCUAAAGGUGCUUGUGUUAGGGAAUAAAUCCAUCUGGGCUGCAGGAAAUUCACUAAUCACAUUAACACUUUUGUAAUUAAUGCGGAAAUUAGAGGUUAUAACAUGAAUUUGGUGAAGUCAUCCCUUUCCUGUCGAUACGAGGCCCACCAAUUUCUAUUCAA